AGAAAAGGAGUUCUAAGACAAAUAGGUAUCCACGUGGACUACUACAGUAGUGAUCAUGGAGAAGACAAAAGUUGUGGAAGCACUUGCACGACUCUCUACACUUUCCCAGAGCGUCAUACAGAGCGAGAAAAACUCCAACAACCUAGUGGACUUGUUAGAAUACCUCAAUUGUGAUGAGAAUGUCCCCCUACUGAAGGCUGCAAUACAGACCCUAGCCAAGGUGUACUCCCACCUAGUGAGCAAGCACUACUCGUGGAUUGUGCCCCCCAGUGUGAGGGGGGCUGUGAAAGCCAACCCCCCCAGAGAGAGGGGUAGCGAUGACCUUGCAGGGCAGUAUCAGAAAUGGAUGAGAGACAACUAUGUCUUUGGUCUGGAGAAACUUCAGGAGCUCACACAUCACGAGCACAAAGAGAUACAGUGGACUGCUCUUUGCUCCCUUGUGUCGCUGGUGCAAGUAGAAGGCCACACCCACCAGUCCACUCUCAAAGGCUACAUAUACCCUAAUAAUCUCUUUCAUUCAAUUGUCUCCUGUCUCCUUGACGAUGACACAAACAGAGGUGAUCUGAUUGGACAGUUUGCCGAUGAGUACCUUCACUAUGACGAUGUCAGAUAUUAUUGGCUUAAAAACAUAGCGAGUAUCAUCUCCACUAAAGUUGAUACAAUGGACUCCGCGAGUGUCAGUGACCUGUUUGUCAAGAAUUGCCGCACUGCACUCAGGUCAGUAAUCAUGCCCUCAUCAGAAGAGGAACUUGUAGAGUUCCUGACUGGUACACCACCCGGUCUGUCGUCACGACAACAGGAGGCAGCAGACGACGAAUUAGAAGAUGAGGAGAAAGACGAGGGCCCUCCUAAGGCAAAGAGGAGCAAGCGUGAGCUUAAAGCACUCACUGUCAGGAGCUUACAAAAACAUCGCAAGCAAUUCAGUGAUGCUUGGCUAGCCUUUCUCAGACUACCACUGGGUCCGUCCCUGCGGAAACACAUGCUUGUGUCCCUCCACUCUGAAGUCAUUCCCAAUCUGAUGGAUCCUCGUCUCCUUCUUGACUUCCUCACUUACUCAUACGAUGAGGGAGGCGUGGUUGGACUCCUCGCUCUCAACGGUCUCUUCCUGCUCAUGAAUCAGCACCACCUAGAUUACCCGGACUUCUACAACAAACUUUAUCAGCUGCUGGAGCCGUCUGUGUUUCACGUUAAGUACAUGCAACGCUUCUUUCAUCUCCUGGAUACCUUCCUACAGUCAACACAUCUCUCCAUGUACUUGGUUGCUGCAUUUGCUAAGAAGAUAGCCAGACUCUCCCUCUCAGCUCCACCCAACGGGGUGAUGGUGGGAGCUGUGUGUGUGAGUAACCUCAUCAAGAGGCACCCCAACUGCAAGGUGCUCCUACACAGGAGAGAGGGUGACUACACCCCCAACACCGAUACGUUUGACCUCUCUGAACCCGACCCAGCCAAGUGUAGGGCACUCGAGAGCUCUCUGUGGGAACUCAAGACCCUCCAGAGCCAUUACUGUCCAGCUGUGUCCAAGUUACUAAGGAAGUUGCUGAACCCUGCCCACACACACAACAAGACCGAGACCCAGCUCGGGAAAUACUUGGACAUUGAUAAUGAGCAGUUGUUUAAAGAGGCUUGCACUGGCCUGAGGGCAGCAAGUGACACACCACUGAACUUCAAUGAACCCACUAGAUUAGUAUGGCCGAUAGAUCAUUAAUUAGUAGCAUUUAUUAUUCAAGAAAAGUACAAAAUAAUUAUAUUUUCUGA